UCAACCCUGCGUGUCCAGAUAUGAUCCAAUUAUGCUGAAAACGGUCAGAGAAAUCGUAAGUGACAGCUCGCAUCAGUGGAACGACUGCGACAAAUAGCUAAAACGGAUACAACAAAUAGCGCGUUUUGUGAGAGGUGGUUAUCCAUUUACUACGGCUUACACUUUUGACCACGUCGGCAGUGCACUGAAAGCAGACAGUGGUGAAAAACGAUUUAGUAGGCUAUUAAAAUACAUCAGUUCUUUUGAUUUUAUGUCGAGGGCUUUCCAGGAGAAUAUCGUCAAUAUGAGGGAAUUAAUAAUACGUUAUUAAAUUCCUUUCAGUCCAAGAGAUAAACCAACUGGACAGGAGCCGCGAGUGUGGGCUUGCUGGAGAGAAAAAAAGAGAGCGAGAAAGAAGCGAGAGACUGGAGGGGUUGAUGAUGCGUUAUGGUUAAUGUAACAUUUGUCGUCAAUCUGCAGUUCAGACGUGACAAUGGACAGAUAAUGGAAGCAGCGACUACAGGACUUCGAGAGUCAAUGCUUUUCUGGUAGCCUUUUGCUUUUGAUAAUGCAUUGUGUGAAGAAGAGCGGCAAAGGAAAUAACAUCGCGUGGGUUUUGGAUACAGGCACAACCACAACUCCAAAGACAACCGAAAUUAUGUAAUUCAUGGAGAUGUUCUAUUGCUCGAAAUCUAAUUUAAUCUCAAACUGAAAUAAUUGGAUCAAACAUUUUAAUAUAGAUGAAAGUCGAGACAGUGGGCUCCGCGCGUGCGGCUCAGCCUAUGUAGUUCCAGAUGCACGACGGUAUUCUGUGUUACUUUUUAUGGCUACAGCUGGAGACCGAACUGUUACGAGCGAGCUUUGACAGACAUGUGCGGUCGAGAGCAGCAAUAAUAUCCCUAAUCGCACAAGAGCCAACGGUCUGUGAUUCUGCAAUAAGGAGCAGAUAAAAGCAAUAGAUUGCUCUGUAACUAAAGUGAUCAAGUGCGCAAUGGGCGACAAGGCGUCAAACUUCAGGGGAAGCACCCGUGAGGGGCUAUCGUCACCUACCAGACGGAUACUUUAACUAUUGGCGAAGCUCUCAGCAAAAAAGAAGGGAAGCGUUUUACAUUUAGAAGAGAGAUUAACUUUUGGUUUGGGAUUUAAUUGGAUAAACGGUAGGCAAAAGAAAGACACUUUCUGGGUGAAUUUCGUCACAUUCUCUGCCUGACAGUACCACUGUGAUAAUGGUCGAAAGGUUUACAUGUUAUUAUUUAGAAUAUUACAUAUAACAUCGGACUGCACUUGACUUGGUCACUUUUGUCUACCCAAGUACACAGGGUAGGCUACGAUUAAGUGGCAAUGAUGGACGCUAAUAGGUUAGUAAUUUGAAGUCAAAGAAUAUAUAGCCAUAUUAUUAUUUGUGUCAAUAACUUGAGAUAUAAAAGGGAUAUUUGAAUUUGCACUAUGAUGGAAGUACCACCACCAUGCUCGAAAAAGAGCCUUUCUCUCUCGCUUCCCGUUCCCCGGGAGCAGGCGACCCUAAAGCCUCCGCAACAUCUUUGGAGGCAGCCACGGACCCCCAUCAAAAUCAAACACCGGGGAUACUCUGACACCGACCGCCAUCACCACCGAGGGAUAGAGCGCUCUAAUGCCAUGGACACGAGCGACAGACCGGGGCUGAGGAAGUGUCGGAUGUCCUGGCCAUCCUCGUUCCAAGGAACCACGAACCCCUCCAUCGGCAAUUGUGUUGGAAAUAAACGUUUUGACUCAGAGAAUGGUCCUUCACCCGGCCGCAGCCCAAUGGAUUCGCAGGCGAGUCCUGUGCUGGGGCUGCACCCCUCCUUUACCACAGAGGGGUGCAGGAGUCGCGGGGAGCGCAGGGAGUCCUUCCUGUACCGAUCAGACUCCGACUAUGACAUGUCCCCCAAGAACAUGUCACGCAACUCCUCCAUCAACAGUGAGGGGCAUGCAGAAGAUCUCAUAGUCACCCCUUUUGCUCAGGUGUUGGCCAGUCUACGAACUGUAAGAAGCAACUUCACCAUCCUCGCCAAUGUCACGACACCCACUAACAAGAGGUCACCAGUGACAAGCCAACCCACUGUUCCCCAGGCAACACUCUCUGAUGAGACGUACCAGCAGAUGGCAAGGGAGACUCUGGCUGAGUUAGACUGGUGUCUGGACCAGCUGGAGACCAUCCAGACCCACCGCAGCGUCGGUGACAUGGCCUCCAACAAGUUUAAGAGGAUGUUGAACCGGGAGCUAUCUCACCUGUCAGAGAUGAGUCGUUCAGGGAACCAGGUGUCUGAAUACAUCUCCACUACCUUCCUGGAUAAGCAGAAUGAGGUAGAGAUCCCAUCUCCGACCCUGCGGGAGCGGGACCGGGACAAGCCCAUGUGUCAUAUCAGUGGAGUGAAGAAGCUGACACACAGCUCCAGCCUGUCCAUCAACACCACCAUGCCACGCUUCGGAGUCAAGACUGAACAGGAGGAUGCACUGGCCAGGGAGUUGGAUGACUUGAAUAAGUGGGGCCUUAAUAUCUUUCGUCUGGCUGAGUUCUCCAAUAAUAGGCCUCUCAGCUGCAUCAUGUUCGCCAUCUUCCAGGAGAGGGAUCUGUUGAAGACGUUUCGAAUCCCUGUCGACACCUUCGUGACCUACGUUAUGACCCUGGAGGACCACUACCAUGCCAACGUGGCCUACCACAACAGCCUCCACGCCGCUGACGUCACACAGUCCACCCACGUCCUGCUGUCCACACCGGCUCUGGACGCUGUGUUCACUGAUCUGGAGAUCCUGGCUGCGUUAUUCGCUGCUGCCAUCCAUGAUGUGGAUCAUCCUGGCGUGUCCAACCAGUUCCUCAUCAACACCAACUCGGAGCUGGCUCUGAUGUACAACGAUGAGUCAGUCCUGGAGAACCACCACCUGGCCGUGGGCUUCAAGCUGCUCCACGAGGACAACUGUGACAUCUUCCAGAACCUCAGCAAGAGGCAGAGACAGAGCCUGCGCAAGCUCGUUAUCGAUAUGGUUUUGGCGACGGAUAUGUCCAAGCACAUGAGUUUGUUGGCUGAUCUGAAGACCAUGGUGGAGACGAAGAAGGUGACCAGUUCAGGAGUGCUCCUGCUCGACCACUACACUGACCGCAUCCAGGUACUGAGGAACAUGGUGCACUGUGCAGACCUAAGUAACCCCACCAAGCCCCUGAUCGUGUACAGAGAGUGGACUGAGCGCAUCAUGGAGGAGUUCUUUAGACAGGGGGACAAGGAGAGGGAGAGAGGCAUGGAGAUCAGCCCCAUGUGUGACAAACACACUGCUUCUGUGGAGAAGAGUCAGGUGGGCUUCAUCGACUACAUUGUGCACCCUUUGUGGGAGACGUGGGGGGACCUGGUGCACCCUGAUGCCCAGGACAUCCUGGACACUCUGGAGGACAACAGGGACUGGUACCAGAGCACCAUCCCCCAGAGCCCCAUCUCCCCACCCCCAAUCCCCCUCGGCCCAGACAAGAGGCUCAACGCCUGCAUCGACAAGUUCCAGUUCAAGCUCACCUUGGAUGACGACACCGAGGGAGGACAGGAGGAGGAAGAAGAGGAGGAGGAGGGGGAGGAGGAGGGGAAAACCACCCCCAAUCACAUGGUGCUGGACUGCAGUCAGGGAGAGGAGGAAGACAACAAAGAAAAGGAGGAAGGAGAGGAUGUGUUAAAGGAUGAAAGGGAAGGAGACAUCAUUGAGGAGGAAGGGGAAGUAGGGAUGGGGGAGGAGGUAGAGGAGGAGGAGGAGGAGGAGAAGAGGGGAGUUCUUCAGAAAGCUCAGUCAGGGGUGGAGAUACACUCUGACACAAGCCCCGUGGAGGACUGCGAGGAGGAAGACUCCUCCUCACCAGCUGAUGACACAUGAGUUCCGCUCCUCUCUCCCUGGCCACACCCCACAUGCACACACCACGCCCCUGUUGUCCACCCUUUAUUUCCAAUGGCCAAAUCCCAAGAUCAAAUAAGACUACAUAGACAAUAGACCUUUAAAUCUAUUUUUCAAAAAGGGAACACAAAUAAUAUUGCUUAAAGAAAAGCUAUUUACACAGCAACUGUAGAUUUGGAGUUGGAGCUGGAGGUGUUUCUUCCAGCUGAUGCUAUGAGGAACAGCUAUGAGGACAAAGAGGAACAUAGAAAAGCAUUAAUAAUGGGCCAUUGAAGACAGUGUAGCACUGGAACUGAAACACACACACAUAAACAUGCACAAACUCACCUCCACACACAAACACACCUCACUCACACACUUUGAUUCAUGGA